AUGAAGAAGGCCAUGUCAUAUCUUAGCAACUGUGUGGUGUUUGGUGAACGCAAGCCAUAUUUGGGAAUGUUGGUGUCCCUGUGUGUGGUGACGGACCCGGAUGCAAUGAAGCCCACAGAUCAGCUCGAGGGAGUAUCGAUGCAAUGGGCCAAGAGAGUUGGCAGCAAGGCCACCACAUACUCUGCUGCAAAGCAAGGUGAGGUCAUCAAGAGAGAGAUAGAUGCUGGGUUAAAAAAGGGCGCUGAGCACGUUAUAUCACGCAGCUAG